AUGUUGGCUGUAACUCGGAAAGUGUUCUCGGGUCCCGCCCACUCCUUGGAGCCACGCCUACUCCUUGUGUCCCUCCCACUCCUUGGAUCCACACCUACUCCUUGUGUCCCGCCCACUCCUUGGAUCCACGCCUACUCCUUGUGUCCCGCCCACUCCUUUGAUCCACGCCUACUCCUUGUGUCCCGCCCACUCCCCAGGUCCCCGGUCACUCCUUGGGUCCCCGGCUACUCCCUGAGUCCCCACCCACUCCUCUGGUUACCCACUCAAUCCUCUGGUUACCCACCCACUCCUUGGGUCCCCACCUACUCCUUGCGUCCCCACCUACUCCUUGUGUCCCGCCAACUCCUUGGAUCUACGCCUACUCCCCCACCAUGGAACCGUGGACUGGCGAUGCCAGAACAUGGAUCCAUGGCGGGCGUGCCUGAACCGUUCUGGAUAGGGGCACGAGAAAAUAGUUCCGAUUCCGAUUCCACGCCUACUCCUCGGGUCCCCGGCUACUCCCUGGGUCCCCACCCACUCCUCUGGUUACCCACCCACUCCUUGGGUCCCUGCCCACUCCUCUGGUUACCCACCCACUCCAUGGGUCCCUGCCCACUCCUCUGGUUACCCACCCACUCCUUGGGUCCCCGCCUACUCCUUGGGUCCCCACCUACUCCUUGGGUCCCCACCCACUCUUUAUGGCAUGCCUACUCCUUGGGUCCCCGCGUUCUUUCCAGUUUAAUGCUCUGA